AAGCAAUCGAAGAUGGUAAUCAUUCCUAAAUUAAAUAAACAAAUAACAAAGCACAGCUGGCGUCAUGCUGCACGCCAGCAAUAACACGGACGCCACUCUUUUUGUUUUAAACGUUUUAUUUAUUAUUUUCUCCGCAAGCUGGCAUUUCUUUUACGAAGAUAAUUGAACCCGAGGGUCGCAGUUUUUUUCUAUAAAAACAAAUCCUCCAUUGUUGUGAAAACCUUCUUUCUUUUCCGCCUCCUUCGCCAUUCUUCAAAUUGCGAUUUCAUUCAGCUAAGUCUCUGUUUCUCAGUCUCUCUCUCUCUCUCUCUCUCUAGGAGUUCUCUUCUCGAUCUUUGCUUCUCCCUCCCUAAUUGUUUCUCUUCGUCCGUCUCUCUGUCUCUCAUCUAGAUCUAGGGUUUCCCUCUUGUUCUUCAUUUCCGUUUCCCAGAUCUAUUUCAAUUUGGAGGAUUACUUUGGUGGUGCACCGUUUAUGGAGUAUCGAUGAUCUCAGAAACCCUAUGACUCUCGCCAUCCUCAUGCGUCGGAUCCGAAUCCUCCAUUCUUUCUCCGUCGUCUUCCUCUACUGGUUCUACGUCUUCUCAUGAACUGAUUGCCCCCCCCCCCCCCCCCCCCCCCCCCCCCCCCUCUAGAUUGAUCCGGUACUGUUAGAACCCUAAUUCUGAUAACAUAAUUUUUUUUGAGAUCUCGCAAAUCAAUUAGCGCAACCAAAAAAAAAAAAAAGAAGAUCGGUGUGAUGUCUCCGGCGAUACAAAGGCAGGCGGCGAGCUCGGGCUCGGGAUCGGACACGGAUCCACGGUACGCGAACGUGGACGAGAGGAAGAGGAAGAGGAUGAUCUCGAACAGGGAGUCGGCGAGGCGGUCGAGAAUGAGGAAGCAGAAGCAGGUGGAGGAUCUGGUGAAAGAGACGGCCCAGCUGCAGAAGGAGAACGCGCAGCUCGGGCAGCAGAUCGAGGUCAGCGGCCAGAGGUUCAGAGAGAUCGAUUCGGCCAACAACAUCAUGAGAGCUCAGGCGAUGGAGCUGACGGAUCGGCUCCGGUCUUUGAAUUCGGUGCUGGAGGUCGUCGAGGCCGUCAGCGGGUUCGCCGUGGAUAUUCCCGAGAUACCUGACUGUAUGCUGGAGCCGUGGAAGCUUCCCUGCCCGACGAUGCAGCUUCCCAUCAUCGCAUCCGCCGCCGCCGGCGACGCGUUGCAGUAUUGAAUGGUCAAGGGAGAAGAAGAAGAAGAAAGGGUUAUCCGUAACGGGGCCCCGUCGCUUACUUUUGUCUGAUUGGUUGUUGGGUUAUUAGGUAUUGUGGGUUCGUGGUGGGGUUUUUUGUAGGCGUAUGAAUAUGGAUUGGUGGGUGUGGUUUGUUUUGUCUUUGUUCUUGCUUUUUUCUGCAGACUUUUGUCGCUGUUUCAAUUAGUGCUCUGCUGGUAAUGGUGGUUUCUGUCAGGUUAUAAUAAAGUAUUGUCAAAUUGUUCAUUUUGGUUGUGAUGGGAAAAGCGUAUGGUGUUUGUUUGGUGCUCCUAUCGUGAUGAUUAUUAUUUAGGCUUAUCCUUAGCUUCGUUUCGUUCUAAUUGUUGGUGGAUUUGUCAUUGGCGUCGUGGGCAAUUUUUGACCAGGAUGUUUAGAAAUUGUGCCAUUCUGAUUGGGUCAAGUUACAAUUCAAAAAACAACAAAAAAGUGAAAAACUUGGAGAUGAUAGUGAGGCUGGUUUUCAUUGUAGACUCAAAUGAGAAGGGAGGUUUUGAAACUUAAAUUUUUAUACUUUUUGUUUUUUGUACUUGUGGAUAAUAUUCGUCUAGUAAAAAAUAUUAUACCUAUAAUUUGUACAAUAAAGUUCAUUAAACAUG